CUCACAUUCGUCAGACUCCUAUGGAGUUGACAUGAAACUUGCCUUGCGCCAGAUGCAUCGAGGAGGAUAUGGACAUCUUCGCUUUGAAUGAGUUUGAGAACAUAAGAGCAAAAUCAUUCAGGGUUCGUUUUAUUCCAAAGAGGGAUAAAAGUGUACAUAUUAUUCAAUCAGAAGCUCUGGUUACACGAGAGUUCCUGAGGCAGUACGAUGGCGAAACCAGAGUUGCGAUGGAAGCCCUAGACGUAUAAAAUUCCUG